AUGUCACUCGCUCUCAAAUUCACCUCCCUCGCGAUCCGAACUCUCGCCAAACCCAUAGCUAAUUUCAUCAAGAGACAAGCACGCGAACAUGACGGAUUUCGCCGGACGUGUAUUACCUUCGCGCAGAGACUUCACCGGAUUGACAUGCGAUGGCGGAUUGGUCUACUACAAGAUGCUGCAGCCAUAGAGAAACAAGCGGCAAAAGAAGCCGCACAAGAUGCAGCCAGGAAACACAAGCACAGCAUCCCCACUGUCAAAACGGAAGCCCAGACAAAGGCGGAGGAAGAGGCGGCUGCAAAGGCGCCGACAGAGUCGACGGAGUCCCCCAAAGCCCGGUCCAAACCCAAGAUCAGACCUCUGACCGAAGCCAAAGCCAUCGAUGCCGGCGCCAGCUUUAUAAGUGAAGCUUUUCUCUUCGGCGUUGCGGCCAGUCUCAUAUUGCUCGAGUCGUGGAGGUCGCGCAGGAAGGAGAGCAGUCGCCGAGAUGACGUGAACGAGCGACUGAACGAUCUCGAGGAGACGGAAGACGCAACACGAAGAGCCCUGAUUGAACUGGAAAGGGAGGUGCUCCGCCUACGGGCCAAAGAGCAAGUUGGGUCACAGAACACCCCGGUGCGAAUCUUACCACCCGAGAUUUACGAGGAGAAAGAGGAGGGAAUAGAUGAGAAGCCUGGUGGCUGGUUUACGCGCAUAUCAUCCUGGAUUUCUCAAGAAAAGGCCGAUCUCGACGCAAAAGCGGUGCAGGCAGGGGACUUGAAUGGGCCGGGUCCCGCAGAGACACUGCUGGUUGAAUCCGAGAAGGCCUUGGAAGAAAAGCGUCGACAUCAGGCCAAUCAGGCCAGUCAGGUCAGUCAAGGUGCCGUCAAGGCGGCCAGCGAAGAUGUUCAACAGAAACGGUAG